GGAAUGAUGGGUUUGUUGAAUGAAAGAUGGCGCGAUGACCGGGCACGGAUGCGCGCGCGCAGCGUAGACCGACCUGGCAGACGUAGCCGACAUCCGUCGUAUGCAAGACGCGCGACGCAGAAUCGCUAGAACAAUUUUCAACAAAAAAUACAGUUUUUAGUUUCGAUCUUUUUGUAUCACUUCAUGGAUGAAGCGGAUGUAUAGUGAAUUGACUAAAUUCAGUGUUUAAAACGUAUCAUGUGACUGGUGAAAGUGGCUUCGUUAUGAAUAUUUUGUUGAGAUGUGGCCCUUAAGGAAUACUUAGCGGUAUACAUGAGUUUAAGGAGAAAGGUAAUGCGAGGAGACAAACCCAAAUUGUGUUUGCUGGUCGCGACACUAGCUCUCGGGUAUGCGUGGGCGGGCAGCCCCUGCGAGCGCAGAGUCACCUGGUGGGACCGGGAGCGGAGUGUGUGCCAGCCCUGCACGCGCUGCGACCCUCGCCAGCACCUCAUAGUGUACCUGCCCUGCGAACUGCACCGCGACACGGUCUGCCAAUCUCUCCACCAAAUCAAUCUCUGGGCGUUCCUCGCGCCGCGUCGUAAUGUCACGACCACAGACUCUAGUGAAUCCAGUGACUACGAGUACGAUUACACGGACAGCAAUAGUGAAGUGAAUGAUGUUGACGACCAGUGGGACCUACAGACCCUCAGUGUGGUGUUAGCUGCCAGUGGAUGUGUGGUUUUCUUUAUAGUAGUACUAUUUGUGUCGUUGUCUCACGCGAAGCAGUGGAAAAUUCUCAAGCAGACACUACAGUCAGACAUGAAAGAUCUGACAGCAAAGAUGAGGUUGAUGGAAGCCGGAGGAGAGACCCCUUCGGAGCCCCCCUCGCCGACGGAUCACCACAUCUAUUGUAACAUUCACGUCGGCAAAGAUGCACUGCUCGGUCCACAGUCGAAGAAGGGACUGGGCAACGUGUACACACAAGAAAAGCACCCUUCAUAAUUACCACCGAUAAACGUCCGAAAAAGUACAGUACAAAUUCUAUAAAUUAAGCAACCUCGCAUACGAGCAAAAUGCAAAUAGAAAAAAACAUGUUGUCGAAAAAAUAAAGAUUUUUAAAAUUAA